AUGUUAGCAGCAGCUCGAGUACAUGUUGUCAUUGGCACAGGAACUGGCGAAGAAGGUCAUGAGAAGCUUCUUGGUGGUCACAGCACAGACGAUCAUCAAAAGGUCUCCACAAAAAAGGCAGGCAGCUUUGCUGGCGCUUAUGAGGAAGCAGGGGAAACCCACGAGAAGAAACGGGUGAUGGAAAAGAUCAAAGAAAAGCUUCCCGGUGGUCAAAACACGGACGAGCAUCAAAGGGUGUCAACAACAACGGCAGGCGGCAUUGAUAGUGGUUAUGUGGAAGGAGGGGACACCUACGAGAAGAAAGGGGUGACUGAGAAGAUCAAAGAAACGCUUCCCGGUGGUCACAAAACAGACGAGCAUCAAAGGGUGUCCUCAACGACAGGCGGAGUUGGUGGUGGAGGUUAUGGGGAAGGAGGGGAAACGCACGAGAAAAAAGGGGUGAUGGAAAAGAUCAAGGAGAACCUUCCUGGACAUCAUUAG